AAGCGCCCUGACGUCGGUGAAACGUAUUGACACUAUCCGCCAAUGGACCGUGUAGCAGUGGCCUCUGGCGGUUUGUCUCCAAACUGCAGGGUCUCUUCUGAACCGUGUUGCUUCAUCACCAAAAUGGCGACCGAGCCGUCUGCAAUUCGUCUGCUCCUGACGAAUCCGUCGUCGGUUUUUCUCGACUGCUCGGAGAUACUGCUGCGAUAUGCCGAAAACAUUAUACGAAAUCCUAAGGAGCCAAAGUUCCGCACCAUCCGGCUAGAGAACCAGGUGGUUCGGUCAAGACUAGUCCCAGUUCCGGGUGCUCUGGACUGCCUGAAAGCCAUGGGGUUUACUCAGAAAGAAGAAAGGUUAGUUCUUCUUCCAGAUACACCUCUGGACAACGUGAUAAAAAUCCGAGACCAGAUCACAGUAGAAAGGCUGAAGCAACUUAGUCUGGCACCACAGAACACUCAGGCGGCUGGUGCGUCUACUCAAGCCACGUCUCAACCUGAGGGAGCCGCAAGAGAGCCUGCACCUAGUCUUGUCACUUCAAUGGCUUCCACACCUGUACAGAGCACCUCACAAAGUCAAGCAGUACAGCCAAGCAGCAACUUACUGGCCUCUGAGAGACAGUUCUAUGCCCGUCUGGAGUCCAGUUUUCAGCAUGUUCUACUUUAUGAAGAUCCCGUGCUACAAGCCCAGGCUCGCAGCCUCAUCCCUGAAGAACAGCUCAGAGAGAAGGCCCUGGAGAAACUCAAGGUUCUAGAAGAGCUGGAGAAAGAAGAGACCAAAACUGAGAACAGCCCGCCCCCUCUCACCCUGGAAGACCUCAUCCUUCCCGAGCUGCGCCGAUGGUUCAAGAAGGAUUUCUUUAAGUGGGUGGACAAGGCGCCGUGCGAGCGUUGCGGGGGGAAGACGAUGGCUGCUGGAAUGGCCGCCCCCACCCCCUCCGAGGAGAGGUGGCAGGCUGGGAGGGUGGAGCUGUAUCACUGCACAGCCUGUGGGACAACAACACGCUUUCCUAGGUAUAACCACCCAGGCAAACUGCUGGAGACCCGGCGUGGUCGGUGUGGGGAGUGGGCCAACUGUUUCACACUACUGUGCCGUGCCCUGGGGUAUGAGGCCAGACAUGUGGUUGACUGGACUGACCACGUUUGGACGGAGUGCUUCUCAAAUUCACAACAACGCUGGCUUCAUGCCGAUCCGUGUGAGAACGUUAGCGACAAACCGCUCAUGUACGAAGCAGGCUGGAGCAAGAAGUUGAGUUACGUUGUCGCCUUUUCUAAUCAGGAGAUCCGUGACGUGACUUGGAGGUAUUCCUGUCGUCACCAAGAGGUCUGUGCCAGGAGGAAGGAGUGUAGAGAAAGCUGGCUCAGGGAAACUGUCAACAGGAUGAACGAAAAGCGCCAGGCAGGCCUGCCCCAGGAGAGGAGAGAUGAGCUGGUGAGGAGGUUCCUGGUGGAGCUGGUGGAGUUUAUAUCACCACGGAAACCAGGGGAGAAGGAGAUGGGAGGGAGAACCACCGGAUCAGUGGCCUGGAGGCUGGCUAGGGGGGAACUGGGAACUCAGAAGGACAAAACAAAGGCUGAGCCAUACGUGUUCAGACUGAGUGACCAGGAGAAGAAAGGGCGACUGCUCCAUCUGGUUUACUGCACAGCUAACGACAAGUACACCAGGCUGUACAACAGUGCAGACAUGCAGCAGGGCUGGCAGAGCUGGGCUCACACGGUACAGGGUGUCUUCAGGAAGGAGGAACAUGACUGGAACAUGUGCUAUCUUGCCAGGACAGAGGGCGCUACUACAGGUUCUGUGAGUUGGAAGUUUGACCUGAGUGAUUCAGGGCUGUGUGUACAAGAGAUAAAGGUCGUCACACGGUGUCAGACAUUUGAGAACGGCUCUGUUUCCUGGCGGCUCUGCUCUGGGGACAAGUGUGUUCUCUUGAACGGAGAUGCAGCAGGCACAACGACCAAAGAUCUGGAGGGCGUGAUGAGUUUCACCCUGACGGCUGAACUCCGAGGCGGACGGGGGGACAACGCCUGGCAACACGCUCAGCUGUUCAGACAGGCGCUGGACAAAACCGAAGAGUUCCCACUCGACUUACACGUCCGACUCAAACCUGUAUAGCCUUUAGUUUGUUUGUUUGUUUGUUUCAAGCCUUUGUUACUUCAAGAAAUACCAGUAGUCAAAGCUUUUCAUUGAGGGAGGAGGCUAAAGCCAGACAGUGUAUAACAACAUAGGGGUUACAUGCGUCGAUGAAGGUUAGACAUCCAGGUAAUAAGAUAUGCCAAAAAGCAGCUACUCCAGCAACUGGAUAUGAUUUUGGAAAUGGUCAGACAUUUCAGCUAGUAUCCACUAGCUUUCGUCAGUGACUGAGAGACCAGAGGAGAAAUGCAGGUUUAUAAAGUUGACAGGGGUUACAUGAUGUACGUGUAAGUCCUAACACAUGCACACUAAAAUAGCCAUUUGGCUACCAUUUUUCUACAGGGUUACAGGUUUAGGCAGGACAAAACUUAGACAUUCUUUGAAUCUUGAUAUGUUCACAGUGAUUUCAUUUUCAGGUUUCGCGGCAACCUCUCCACCACAAAUUUGUGACGCCGCGAAUAUUGGCAUGUGUUCCAGCAUACAUGUAAUACUACUGUACUACAGAAUUGCUUCAACUGCAAACUUGAAACACAAUGAAACCCUUCUUUUCCCUUUGAUCGGGAAAUGAAGUCCCAAACUCAACCAGGAUAUACAGGGUGAUGGAGAAGAAAGUAUUAGUCUUUUAAAAGAUUAUUGUUACCAACUUGAAAUCAUCACUAUAGCAGCAAGUUUCCCAUAAAGUUUGACUAAUAUUUCUUCCAUUAAUGCCCAAAUGACAUUCCUGGUCACUUGUUACUGUGUAACAGGGCAUUAUUCAAUCUGGUACAAUUUUCGAUGGUAUUGAGGGGAAAAUAGUCUGAGUAAAAAUAACAUUUUAGACAUGUUUGAUUUGUGUGGGUGACACUAUAGAUAGAAAUGAAUACUAAGAAUUAGAAUUACUGUAAAAUGUGCAAUAUGAAUGACAGUUUCAUGUUUAAGAUUUUCACAGUCAGAACUCUUUAAAACUACAACUCUUGUAUGUAUUUACCGGUAAUCACGCAAAAAUGACAAUUACACAUACAAAUGCCAACGCUAUGCAAUAUAUUUAUUUCAGCUGAUAUGUAGCGAACAAAGCCACAUGCUAUACUAUCACUACAUCACUAUUAUCUCUAUCCCUACAUCUGUUUAACUUGAAGUUAAUAUACAUCAAUGCAUGUACAAAUGUACAUGAAUUUAUAACAGCAACACCAGCACCAAAGCUGAAAAAUAUUAGACCGUACAUUACCUACUUAUGAUGAUUCCAUGAUUAUCUAAACUACGCUUAUUUCAUCUCUAUUAUUCCUAUUUACAGCAUACUGACUCUUGUCCUGAUUUCUUAUCACUAUAGUAGUAUAAACACAUAACCCAGUAACUACAUAUCUAUCUAAUAACCAUGCUUCACUUGAGGGAGAAGUUAUAAUUCCCUACUUACUUUACAGCUGCAUAAAAAGGCUGUUUCAUUGUCCGGAUACCAAUUACACUUAUGACACUUCUGCAUAUGAUUUUUAUCUAUUUUACUAGAACAGCACACAUCACUCUUAUCUACAAUAUACAGUAUUAUGUGCAAGUACAUAUUGUAGUUAAAAUACCUUGCAAUCAUGAACAUAAACAACAUAGAUACAUUUUUAAAUAAUAUGUAAAUGAUACAAACAGUCAAAAGAUUUGUUAGAGAGCAUCACCACUACUUAUGCCUAUAAUAUAAGCUGCAAUAGUGAGAAUAUUUGCAGGCAAAUGUAGAUAGGAACUGUUACCUUUGAAAAAUGCUUCUGUCCUAUGCUUGAAGAAUAUUCUAAGAUUCUAGAAUAUACCAAAUACAACUCAAAAUUCUCGACAGAUGGUCCAGAGGUUAUGUUUUUGCAUACAACUCUAUUAUAUAUUCUUGAAUAGCUAAUUACAUGUAUCACUAAUGUUCCCCCCACUAUAGGCAAUGUCAGCUGCACAGUGUACUGUAUUUGCUACAGUGUACUGUAUUCGCUACAGAAAUUUGCUUCAGUGUUUUUGCUACAAUGUACUGCUGUAUUUGCUACAGGAUGCUGUAUUUGCUACAGUAUACUUUUAGAAACAAUGAGCAAUGAAAGCACAAAUAUAUACACCAUGCAUCUCUGAACUAACCCUGGUUGAGCAUGAAAGUGACAAUGAACGUCACACUUUUUUACACCACUACCACCAGUAGAGACAAAGCCACUUAGCUACAGUUCACACCACAGUAUACUAGCCAGGGUACCAUCCUUUGUAGUCUCUCUUCUUGCUUGCUACCAAGACUGUGUCACUUGUAACUACUUAUAGCCUCUACCAGGCUUUGGGAAGCAGCUGAAAAAACUAGAAACUGGGCAAGUAGUAAUAGAUGAUAUGCCAGGGGAGUUGGUCUGCUAAAGAGUACAGUU